AAUUUUGCGCGAAAACAAUUACAAAGUUUCCUAGAUAAACAAUAGAAUCUUCAGAUCUAAGAAUAUUUAUUAUAUUGUGUGGUCAGCAUUCAGAGUUUAUAACAUUACAUUUAGAAUCUAGAAUAAUCUAGAUCUAGUCUAAAUCAGUAAAAAUGGCAGGUGUUACUUGCGAGGAAAUUUCGGAUGCCUUUGAUAUUUUCGGAGAGGAUGUGGACAAUGAUCAGCUGUCGAAAUUAAGAGAACUAUGCCUGUCUUAUGAUAUUGAUGCUAAUGGAUUAGUAAAUAAUUGGAUGGCUUUUUCUUCAACUCGUAAAGUAGAUCUAACUAUUGAAAAUAUUCUUAUUUUUGAUAGAGAGUGGCUACAGAAAAAAUUAUCAGGACUUCAUAAAAAAAAUCAAAAGCCUAAAAAUAAUGUAUCACUGAAUAAUGGUUCUGUAGACAGUAUUUCAGAUGACCAAAUAGAAAUCAUUGGAACUUAUGCCACACCAGAGCAAAAAAAACAUCUACUUCAGGUCAAAAGGCAACUUACACCAGAGGAUGUGACUAAUUCCAACAAGAGAUUUGUGGGGCUGAACAGAAGCCCCACAGUUACUGCAGCAUAUUCACCUAAAGUUAUGACUCCUGCUGGGUCGACCCCAUCUUCCAAGUUUUCCUCCAGGUCUAACUCUGGUGAUGUUGUUCAGACUUUUGGCUCCAUGAAUGAUUUCUCCUGGCAAGGAGAAGUUCAGAUGGUAAAGAUAACACCAUUUUCAUCCGAAGUUACAUUGGACUCUAAUACAAAGUAUAUGUUUCAAAAGAUGCAUGAAAAAGCCAGUGUUUUAAAUGACAUCAUUCAAGAUAUGUCUACAUUACUACAAAAUGCUCAUGGAAUUGAAGAAUUGAGCCAUGUUGCUCUUCCUUCUCAGGAGAGUGUUACAGUUGCUGGUAGAAUUUGUUGUGACAGUAUCGGCCGUCUAAAUAAUCAAUCUGUUUUACUGGAAGGUUCUCAUGAAACGUCAUCAGGGAAGUGUAUUAGUCUAGAUCUUUCAGAAGUGACAAAUUAUAGUCUUUUCCCAGGUCAGAUUCUGACUUGUGAAGGUGUUAAUAAUACUGGUAAAAAACUUGUGGUACAAAAAAUAUAUCCAACUGUGCCGUUACCUUUCUCAGAAUUUACAAACAAACAUUGCUCUGGUAAACUUAGGAUAUACAUAGCUGUUGGUCCUUACACACCAAGUGAUGUCUUAGAUUACUCUCCCCUGUCUGAAUUAAUGAAAAAGAUUGUCCAAGACAAACCAGACUUGUGUAUUCUGAUGGGUCCUUUUGUUGAUAUCAAGCAUGUAUUAAUUAAUAGUGGAGAGUUAUUAGACACAUUUCAAGAGCUUUUCAUCAAACAAAUGGAAGAAAUAGGAAGAGCUACUCAGGGUUUGGGCACUAAGAUUGUGAUAGUGCCUUCAUGUCGUGAUGCACAUCAUUUUUUUAGUGUAUAUCCUCAACCUGGUUUCAGUAUCCCUGAAUAUAAUGCAAACGGUUCAAAGAGAAGUCAUGCGGAGUUAGAGCUAACAAAACAUUUGAACUUUGUCUCAGACCCGUGUACACUGUCGGUCAACAACAUUGUCAUAGGAUUGACCUCGACUGAUAUUCUCAUGCAUCUUACCAAGUCAGAAAUAUCACUUGGGCAAAUGGGAAAAAUGGACAGAAUUGGCCGCUUAACUCAACAUGUACUUCAUCAGCACAGUUAUUAUCCACUGUAUCCCCCAUUGGAAGAUGUCAAUCUGGAUUAUGAAUUAUAUGAUGCCCAUGGAAAGCUUCCAAUAACUCCUCAUCUAUUGAUAUUGCCUUCAGAUCUUAAGGCAUUUAUAAAGAAUAUAGAUGGAUGUUGCUGCGUUAAUCCUGGCAGGCUGACAACAGGAACUGUUGGUGGGACAUUUGCACAGAUUUGCAUCAAUACUGAUAUGUUGCCAGAUAAGAUCCAACCAGCUGAGGCUUGUUCUGGGCAAAUUGUUCGUGUCUAAAAUAUUGCACUAAACCUGUUAUUUGUUCCAAUCAGCCUAAAAAUCAUUUAACUGCCAUAAUCAUUUUUUUGUUUUUCAAUUUCUUAUCUGAAUAACUUGAAAAAUAUAGUAGCAUACCAUCAUUUUUUUUCUUUCUUAAGACAACAAAAGUAUGUCAACUCGGGCAGCCAAAAAAUAGAUGUUCUUUUAAUUCUUGUUAUCUUUGUGCAAUACCCAUUCCUUCAGUUCAGUAAAAUCUGGUAUGAAUCAGAAAAAUUGUAUAUAUAUAUAAAUAUAUAUAUUGAAUUGUUCAUGUUGAAUUUUUAAAAUAUAUCUUAAUAAAUAUACUAAUAAAUAUACUUCA